UGUGAGACGAUCAGGUGUUCUGCUCCGUCGCUUGCUGUGCUGGCACGGGAAAGACUGUGCCUAUAGAACAAAGAAGACCGCAUCGUGAGCCGAAAACAUUAAUUUAAGUCCAUUUUCGAGCUUCUCGGUGCAGGAUGGGGCUCUGCCGAUGUCCCAAGAGGAAAGUCACCACACAGUUCUGCUAUGAGCACCGGGUGAAUGUGUGCGAGCAUUGUAUGGUAGAAGACCAUCCUAACUGUAUCGUACAAGGCUACCUCCAGUGGCUGAAGGAUUCGGACUACGAACCGGUUUGCACACUCUGUAGGAAGGAGUUGGUGCAUGCAGAAUGCGUCCGUCUCUUGUGUUAUCAUGUCUUCCAUUGGCCUUGUCUGGACGAGCAUUUGCAACAGUUGCCUUCAACGACAGCUCCCGCCGGAUUCACCUGCCCGACUUGCGGACACGAAGUUAUUCCAAGAGACAACGUAGCCUCGCCAGUGGCGGCGGUCAUCCGGGAAAAACUCCGCAGGGCUCAAUGGGCGGCAGCUGAUCGCGGGAGGGACGGAAACUUCCAACAGACAGGAUCGCUCGGUAGGAGUCUGAGCUCGAUGGCGUCGAGCUGGUCCGCACCGAACCCGAUGCUCAACGACUCUUCAGUUUCGUUCGCAGAUGAUAGCUCUAACAAUACCAUGUCGCGGAAUAGCUCCGUCAAACAGUACACAGCGUCGAAUGUGUACGGCGAAACGUCAUCCGCUCGGAGUUUCGUCUCUCAGCCUUUGCUCAGGACAGAUGAGGAGGACAAGUACAAACGAAAAUCGGUUGUCGAACUGGCCCAUAGGUGGUUUCAAUCAAAAAUGCUGCUGGGUACCCGUCGCCGCGAUCCCACCCGGCGAUGGGCGGCAAUCACAAUCGGCAUUUUGAUAUUUUUUUUCGUGGUUGUUUAUGCCAUGUCGCGAAUCGGACGGUCAUCCUCGGAAGUCAAUCCAUUCCUCGACCCGGAGUCGAAUCCCAAUCUCAAUAUGCAAUAGCCCGACUCCUUCGUUCCUCGAGGAGCAUCCGGAUCAACUACAUGGGGCAUUCAGGUGCUCUUCUGAAUGCUGCGUCUGAAGUCAGAAGAAUACUUCUCGCGAGCGUGUCGCCAACGGAUGACUCAGAGCUACAGGAGCAGUUGUUCCGUGUACAUGAGGGGAGCUUUUAAUUGCGGAAGUCCCGAUGAUUUGAUACCAUGCGUUGAUCUAAACACUAUAUAAUGUACAUAAAAUCUAGACAGAUAGGAAACGUCGGGAC